AUGGGCUAUCCAUUACUGGCGAUAUUAUUGAUGGGCAAGGAACUCCCCUAUGGAAUUGUAAACACUCAGGGAAGAGUUGCCCCAUUGGAGCCCGGUCUUCAAAUAAAUGAUGGAAAGAAUUUGAACAUCAACGGAUUAUCUUCAAUUAACAGCCAAUUGUUCAACAUUGUAAUGAAUCGGUGUCAAAACGUGCAUAUGACAAGAGUGAAUGUCUUGGCUGCAUGCGAUAGUCCAAACACUGAUGGCAUCCAUGUGCGACAAUCAUCAGAUGUGACCAUCCUCAACUCAAACAUUAGAAACGGUGACGACUGCAUCUCCAUCGGUCCAGGCACAUCCAACAUGUGGAUCGAAAGUAUUACAUGUAGACCUGGACAUGGAAUCAGUCUUCAAAUAAAUGAUGGAAAGAAUUUGAACAUCAAUGGAUUAUUAUCUUCAAUUAACAGCCAAUUGUUCAACAUUGUAAUGAAUCGGUGCCAAAACGUGCAUAUGACAAGAGUGAAUGUCUUGGCUGCAUGCGAUAGUCCAAACACUGAUGGCAUCCAUGUGCGACAAUCAUCAGAUGUGACCAUCCUCAACUCAAACAUUAGAAACGGUGACGACUGCAUCUCCAUCGGUCCAGGCACAUCCAACAUGUGGAUCGAAAGUAUUACAUGUGGACCUAGACAUGGAAUCAGCAUUGGGAGCUUAGGGAUGGAGGCUGAGGAGGAUGGAGUGCAUAACGUUACAGUGAAAUCAUCUACAUUCACGGGGACUCAGAAUUAA